AUGCUGGAUACACGCUCUCUGCCAGUGGGCAGCUAUCGUUAAAUACAUCUCUUUUCAAGUUGUAAAAUUCAUAACCGGGAGUAUCGCGAGCAUAUGUUGCUUCUUCCGAUGUCUUGUAAAAAGAGCAAUGCUAUCAACUUGAUCCCCCGGUAGUUGGAACACUCCAUCGCGUCACCCUUUUGUAUGUAGAUGGGACGAUAGUACUGCUCUCUACGCCUGGGAUUCGUCCUUCAGUGGUCACUGUGUUCAAAAACCGGGCGAGCCACCUUACAAUAUGCUCUCCGAGCGACUUCCAUGACUCGAUUGGUAACCCACCCGGACCAGUUGCCUUUCCAACCCCCAUCUUUCUCAUUGUUCUACGCGCCUUAUACCUCUGUCCUAAAUUCGAUGGGGCCAGCCGUUGCCUCCUUGAGAGCUCUCCAUGCGGGGGAGUCUUUCGUUCAUGAGCCUAUCGAAGUAUUCCUUCCACCUACGCCUGACCUCACCAGGCUUCCUUAG